AUGCGGACGAAUCCUUCAACCCCUGCUACUUCGCGCAAGGGCGCCAUCGUGUGGCUCAUAUGCAACUUGGAACGAGUGAGAGAAGCCGCGAAACCCUCGGGUUUGGAGCCCGGCGCCGCCGCGUGCGGUCUGAAGCCCCUGACCCCGAACAGCAAGUACGUGAAGCUGAACGUGGGCGGCUCGCUGCACUACACCACGCUCCGCACGCUCACCGGCCAGGACACCAUGCUCAAAGCCAUGUUCAGCGGCCGCGUGGAGGUGCUCACCGACGCCGGAGGUUGGGUGUUGAUUGACCGGAGCGGCCGCCACUUUGGUACGAUCCUCAACUACCUGCGGGAUGGAUCCGUUCCACUACCUGAGAGUACCAGAGAGCUUGGGGAGCUGCUGGGUGAAGCUCGCUACUACCUGGUGCAGGGCCUGAUCGAGGACUGCCAGCUGGCGCUGCAGCAAAAAAGGGAGCACCUGUCCCCGCUGUGCCUCAUCCCCACGGUGACAUCGCCCCGCGAGGAGCAACAGCUCCUGGCCAGCACCUCCAAGCCCGUGGUGAAGCUCCUGCACAACCGCAGUAACAACAAGUACUCCUACACCAGCACCUCAGACGACAACCUACUUAAGAACAUUGAGCUGUUUGACAAACUGGCCCUGCGCUUCCACGGGCGGCUGCUCUUCCUCAAGGAUGUGCUGGGGGACGAGAUCUGCUGCUGGUCCUUCUAUGGGCAGGGCCGCAAGAUCGCCGAGGUGUGCUGCACCUCCAUUGUCUACGCCACGGAGAAAAAGCAAACCAAGGUGGAAUUCCCAGAGGCCCGGAUCUUUGAGGAGACCCUGAAUAUCCUGAUCUACGAGACUCCCCGCGGCCCAGACCCAGCCCUUCUGGAGGCCACAGGAGGUGCUGCUGGAGGUGGUGGGACCACCCGAGGGGAGGAUGAGGAGAGCAGAGAGCACCGGGUCCGCAGGAUCCACGUCCGGCGCCACAUCACCCAUGACGAGCGUCCGCAUGGCCAACAGAUUGUCUUCAAGGACUGACCUUGACCCUUCCCCUGCCUCCUGCUUCUGGGUCCCAGCCCUUACUGUCCUCUCUCCCUUUCCCG